AUGGAGCCAUUGGCGCUGAUUGCGGCUCACCUAAAGCUGGGACAAGGGUCACCUGACGACCUUGCCCUUUUGGCCCAGAUGGUGAACUUGGCGGCACAAAAGCAGUUACCUGACGCCGCGUGGGAUGAAACGGUUUCAGGUUUAGUUGAAACCGCCAUUGAGUCCGAGGACGCGCAGGUACACCGUGUUUAUCGCGCGAUGGUGGUGUUAGCCCGGAACUUAACCCAGCAGCGGCGGCCGCGGUCGGAGGUGGUGGUGGAACAGAUUCCGAGGUACUUUGACGCCGCGCCCGUGACCGAGUGGUACCCACUUACGGCCACCGCCUACUCGGAAGUGGUCGCCCACAUCUCAAAGUUUACCGAUCUACGCUUACUAAGCUACCUCGACCGGUGUAUUCAAGCAAACCCCGAGAUCCCGUUACCGCCGAUAAUGAUGGUAAUUGAUAACGAAACCAGUGGCGAUUUACCGUUAAAUCAUCCCUACAUUAUGGAGCUGAUGAGAGUUCAUUUUGAUAACUUAAAUUUCGACGAAUUAGGUGAGCUGGGGAAACUGUUGGUGGCGAGCUUAUAUAAUGUGGUCAGUCACGAAGAGUUUGACUCGUUUCUCGAAGGGUUAACUCCGGCGCAACGGCUCACGUGGUAUCGGUUAGUGCAAUUGCUUGUCCCCACCACGUCAAAAUGGACUAACCACCAAUUAGUGGGGCUCUUGGCAUGGUUAAAACACUAUACUUUGAAACUCAUCCCUCAGGUGAUUCAAGCAGUCGAAACGAGUACGGUGACGGAGACUGAUGCCCGUAGUCUCGGCGCAUUACUCGACGUUAUCUCCGAGCUCUGUGUGUUCCAUGUAUUUAAAGAUGGGCUUAUCGCCUACGAUUUUGCCAUACCGUUAUGUCAAUUAUUGGGUACGCUUCACGUCCACAUCAAACCGGCCACGCUUAAGAAACUGGAACAACAACCAUUUACUUUCCCCCACGUGAAACUGACGAUUAUUGAGAUAAUAUCGUAUAUGGCUCAUGGCUCGAAAAAAGUACAAGACCAAGUGCGAGAAAACCACGGGUUAGGUGUCAUUUUAUCCAAUUGUCGUAUCGAUGAUCAUAACCCUUUCAUUAAGGAGAGAGCGAUCACGGCGAUUAAGUUUUUACUCGAAGGUAACCCCGAAAAUCAACGAGUAGUGGCGGAGUUAGAAGCACAAGAACUGACGAAAUUGGACCAACAACAAUUGAAACAAAAGAUUGAGGAACUCGAUUAG